AUGGUGUCGCAAACGCUUUUGGAGACACCCACUCACCCUGGCCGGACUGGGCGCGGCUCUGAAAGCGAUAGUUCGCUCGAUGAGAUCGCAGAGACGAAGCAGAAGCUGUUUGCCACGGCUCUGGGCAAACAUGGCAAGCAUGGCAAAGAUAUCGACAACUCGGCCUCUCCAAAUCGGUGGAAGAGCUUCUGGACUUCCUUCCGAUACCUCUCUAACCUGACUCCCAAGCAGGUGGAUGACUUUAUGGCGUCAUACGUCAUUUACAAUCUUGAUUGGUCGGACGAGAAGCAAAUGAUAGAGUCGCUGGGUCCCAAUUACCAGGAGAAAGUUGGGGAUUGCUUAAAGUCGUACUAUGGAGUGCUCAAUCAUCUUUGCGCCCUGGGCGACGUGGAAAAGAUGUACAUUCCGCCAUGGAUGAGCAAGAAGGCAUCCAUCCUGGAGAACCAGAUUCUUUACGAACGAUCAAUUGCCAAGAACAUCGGUCUCUCGGCUGGAGACAAGGUGCUUGAUCUCGGUUGCGGCCGUGGUCGCGUCGCCGCGCACAUGGCUCAGUACUCCGGCGCUCACGUUACCGGCCUCAACAUCGACCCGAACCAAGUCGGCCAAGCGCAAAUCUUCAGCGAAGAGCGCGGUCUGCACAACAACUUCGUCACACAAGAUUUCAACAGCCUCCCCCUGCCCUUUGCGAACGAGACCUUCGACGCCUUCUACGAGAUCCAGGCACUCAGUCUAUGCAAGGACCUGCCGUUGCUGUUCAGCGAGAUCUUCCGGGUCAUCAAGCCCGGUGCCAAGAUCUCCAUCUUGGACUGGAUCAGCCUCCCUGCCUACGAACCCAAGGAUCCCGAGCACGCCGAACUCAUGCGCCGCGUCAAACCAUUGAUCGGGGCCGUCGGCACCCCCACCCAGCAGAGUUUGGAGGCGGCGCUUGUCCAGUCCGGGUUUGAGAUCGUGGUGUCUGAGAACGCCAGUAUCGACGGCUUGCAGGCGCCACUGAUCGAUACCGUGGAUAUUUAUUUCCGCACCUUGCGCCAGCUCAUCUUGGGUCUGGUCAAGGUGCAUGUUUUGCCCCGUCACUUUAAGCCGCUUAUCAACCGGUUGUGUCUGGAUGGUCAGGCUUUUGUCAAGAUGGAUAAUAUGCGCCUUGCCACGACGAGCUACAGCAUCGUUGCGCAGAAGCCUAAAGCUUGA